AUGCCCCUUUACAACACCGAUAGUCGCCUGAUCCAGGCCGAUAUCAGCCAGCCGACCCCGUACGGGUUCGAUCUUCGGCCCAGAUCGAUCACGCUGUCGACUGUACUACGUGCAGAAGAUGUUCGACCAACCGUGGUACGACCAUUCUACCUGUUAAACCACUGGGCGAGUUUGGAAGCCACCGUACUGGGUUGUUUGAGAGCCAAUAGCACAUACUACGUCAAGUUACUGGCGAACCAUGGCGAGGAAAAGCAACAGUCCAUGUGCAAUGUGCAGAAGGUGACGAACCAGAGAGGGAGCUACAAGUUUGAUAUGGCUGCAUUGGCUGUGGCGGUUCUCGCCGUGUCAUGA